CGCAGCGAUGGAACCGAGCGGUGCGAGCGCAGAGACCGGCGUGGAGGGCGCGGGAGACCCGUACCGGCGCCCCGCGAGGCGCACGCAGUGGCUGCUGAGCGCCCUGGCGCACCACUACGGGCUGGACCGCGGCGUGGAGAACGAGAUCGUGGUGCUGGCCACCGGCCUGGACCAGUACCUGCAGGAGGUCUUCCACCACCUGGACUGCCGCGGCGCGGGCCGCCUGCCCCGCGCGGACUUCCGAGCGCUCUGCGCGGUGCUGGGGCUGCGGGGCGAGGGCGCUGCCCCCGCCGGGGACGCGGCCGGCAGAGACGCGAGCUCCGCGGAUGGGGGCGCCGGGGCCGGGGGCGCCGACCCAGACGCUGAUGCGGAGGAGGCGCGCCUGGCGCUGUGCGCGGAGCCGCCGGAGCUCACGUUCCGCCAGUUCCACGCGCGCCUCUGCGGCUAUUUCGGAACCCGCGCCGGGCCGCGCCUGCCCCGGGGCGCUCUGAGCGAACACAUCGAAACGCAGAUCCGCUUGCGCCGCCCGCGCCGGCGCCGCCGCACUCCCCGCACGCCGGGGCCGGACGGCGGACGCGAAGGCGAGCGCCUGGCGCGGCUGGAGGAGGAGAACAGCAGCCUGCGCGAGCUGGUGGAGGACCUGCGCGCCGCGCUGCAGAGCAGUGACGCGCGCUGCCUGGCGCUCCAGGUCGGCCUCUGGAAGAGCCAGGCAGGCGCCCUGGAGGCGGUGCGCGAUGGGCCCGAGGCAGCCGGGGGCAAUGAGCCCGAAGCAGCCGCGCGGGAGCUGCAACAAGCCCGGGAUGCGCUGGCGGCAGCUGAGGCCCGUGCCGGGAGGCUGCGCCAGGGCCAGGCUGAGGUCCGGCGCCGCGCCGAGGAGGCCCGGCAGGCGGUACUGCGCAGUCUGAGCCGGGUGCGGGAGCUCGAGGUGCUGGCGCGCCAGGUGCCAGGUCUGCAACACUGGGUGCAGCGGCUGGAGGGCGAGCUGCAGCGCUACAGGUCAGAGGGCACCCAGCUCCCAACCUUACCACGAGCCAGCUCAGGGCCAGAUGCCAAGAGUGAUGAACCUGAGGACAGUGGGACUAGAGGCCCAGAGACCCCUCCAGACAGUAGCUCCGAGAGCAGACCCUUUGACGAAGCAGGGGGCGAGCAGCUGUUCCGCUCGGUGGAGGGCCAGGCGGCCUCUGAUGAGGAAGAGGAGGAGGAGUGGCGCGAGGGGCAGGGGCCGCCCGCGGUCGAGGUCGGUUCGCUGCUGGCGCGCCUGUCCAGCUUCGGCAGCGGGUGUGAUGACCAGACAGCCAAGAAGCUCCUGACUUACUUUGGCCACUUUGGCAGUGCUGGCCAUGCACGAGCGCUGGGGGAGCUGGAGGCCCGCAUCGCCACACUGGUGGAGCACCUGGAGACCCAGGGCUGCAGAGGGAAGACUGUGGGGCCGCCUGAGGAGGAGGCUGAGCUACCACGGAAGGCGGAGGAGAAUGAGCACCUGCGGCUAGAGCUGCAGAUGGUGGAGACGGAGCGGGUGCGGCUGUCCCUGCUGGAAGAGAAGCUGGUGGACGUGCUGCAGCUCCUGCAGAGGCUGCGGGACCGGAACAUAUCGAAAAGAGCCCUGGGGAAGAUUCUGCUGAGCACGCUGGAUGCUUGCGGGGACCCUGCACACGAGAACAGACCUGGCCCUUUGGCCAUUCUGGAUGCCCUGCACCAAGCCUUAGCUGGCUGUGAGCUCUUGCAGAAAGAGCCACUGGCACCAGCCUCUGCAGCUCCUGCACUCACCAGUCCCUGCCUCAUCUCCUGCUGAGAUCACUGAUCAGUCUGUGGGCAUCCUGGUGAGCCGGACCAGCCUCGAGGACCAGCCUCCAGUCACACCAACCAUCAUCAGCUCAGCCCCUGCGAUCAACCCGGCUGCCCUCACAUGCUUGAAACCCUAGGCCCCCUCCCAGGCCUCCCGUGUCAGAGCCUGGCAGCCUCCCUUCCUUGGGCUCAAUUUUCUGUGAACUACAACUGCUCUAAGUUGAUUUUUAAAAAGUUGGGGAGGGGGAAAGAUAGAGGAGGGCUCUCUGCUGUCUUUGCAGAGUCGGCCUUAGUGUCAGGCACUUCCUGGAACCCUCAGCCUUGUUGGCUGCAGCCCAGGUGGCCUUCCUUUUGCCCACAGGAGAGAGGCUGGGCCCUCAACUUUAAGGCCUUGAACCUCAGUAUUACCUGGUCAUCUGCCCAAUGAUGUGCCUGGCCCAAGGUUGGCCUGCUGCUCUCAGUGAGCAGAACCUGGCCAGAGGCUGGCAGUCCCACACCCCCUCAGGGCAAGAGAAUGUGGGGCUUCCCUGGGGAAACCCCCAGUCAGGCAGUAUCACCUUCUUCAACAAACAGCAACCAGGUUCGGGUUUCUUCUCCCCAAGACUGCCCUUGCCCUCGGCCCCGCAGAGCCAAGCAGCCCACCCCGCGCCUAUACUCACAACCAAGUGACCAGCCUGCUGCCAUGAUAAGCAGGCAGGGCCUUUAGGAGCACCGAGGCCUGCGGUCACUGACAGCAAAGUGGGUCGAGGGUACAAUUUCAUAGAAAGAUGUGGGCACCUCUUUGCUGAGCUGAAGGCUGGGGGAUGUCUCCAGGGGAGAAAUUGUGCUCCAGGGAGCAGUCAUCAGGGGAAACUUGGGGUUUCCUUUGGACAGAAGCAGAGUAAGUACAACAUUUCUGAGAAACCUUCACAAGAAACAGGACCUCCCCUGAUAUGUGGGCCUCAGCAUCGGUCACAGGCCCACCCAGAAGUUUCCCAUCACGGGAGGCUCCUGGGAACUGUUCAUCCCUCGGGAGAGGCCUCCAGCAAAGCUCCAGCAUUCUCUCCAUGGAAGUCUUGUAACUAUUUACGUCUGAAAAUUUCCUGUUAAAAUGCCUAGAAAGUCUUUGAUAAUUUUCCAUCAAGAUAUAAAGCUGAAUUCCUUUCCCUCUGUGCGUGUGCUAGACUUAGUGACUCACUUCCAACAAUGAAAACGUGGCAGACGUGAUGGUGUGAUUUCUGAUAUUAGUCAUAAAAGGCUGGUGGCUCUGUCCUUGCUCUCCACGUCAUAAGUGCCCCAAGCAACCCUGUGGGAAAGGUCACGUGACAGACCAAAGUCUCCUGUCAAUCGCCAGCAAAGAACGAGGCCUCCUGCUGUCAGACCAGCCUCCAGUCACAACAACCAUCGUCAGAUCAGCCCCUGAGAUCAGCCCGGCUGCCCUCACAUGCUUGAAAUCCUGAGCCCUGGCUCACAGCUAGGAAGCUUGUCCUCAAGUCUUCUGACGAGUGUAGCCCCUGCUGAGAUUCUGACUGCAGUCUCCAGAACCAAAACUGCCUGGCUAAGUCACUCACAAGUUCUGGGAGAUAAUAAAUAUGUCAUUGUUUUAAGCUGCUAGUUUGGGGGAUGUUUUGUUAGGCAGCAGUAGCAACAAAUACAUUCCCUAAUAAAAAUAUGCUUCAUCAAAACUGAGGGUGACUCG